UCUCCAGAGAGCCGAUCUGCUUUGCAUGCUUCCUCGCGUCCUCCUGAUCCGCCUGCCUCGUCUCGGGAUUCUUGACCUUCCUCUCUAGCAGAGACUUAACCUCCUUGCAACGCUUCUUCCCGCCCUUCGGAUCCGCUUGCUCCGCGAAAUUUUCCGUCGUAGUCAUCUCAAGUUUCCUCUUCUGACUCUUCAAUUGCUCGAUCCUCCUCUCGCAAAACUCAAUGCUGGUCGGAUCCAACUUCGCUGCGUCCUCCAUCAGAUGAAUUUCGCACCAGCACCGCGCGGUCGAUGGGAGCUCUCCCGCUGGGUUAGGGGUACAGAUGAAAUUUAUGAGGAUGAGGACGAGAAGGGGGAACUGGCGGCGGAUCAGGACGAGGACGACACGGCCUCAGCGCUCGGUCGAUUAGGUUUUUUCGAAGUGCCAAAUAAGGAAAAGGAAAGGAAAAAUAAAAUCGACAGGUCGGCUAGGGAUCCCGACGUCUCCCAGUUGCGAGAGUAAGGGGGAGCAGGGAGGCGGCGGCGGCGGUGGCCGCCGGAGACUCGCACGGUUGAGCGCAGGAGAGCUGGGGGUGCCGAAUGCUGCAUGGCCGGAGCAUGGAGGCCGAAAGGGCGAAAAAAAGUCGGCUCGCGGAGGAGGAAGGCCCUAAAGAUCUCGAAUCGCCUCCCGAGAAGAAGGAUUUGGAGGAGCAGGAGCAGCAACAGGAGGGGACGCGGAUCUCGGUCCCGGCAGGAGGAGGAGUAGGCCCUAAAGAGCUCGAAUGGCCUCCUGAGAAGAAGACGGAUUUGGAGGAGCAGGAGCGGCAACAGGAGGGGACGCGGAUCUCGGUCCCGGCAGGAGGAGUAGCCCGUCGCGGAUUGCGCAGAAGCAUGAUCGGCAAUCGUCAUGGAAAAGUCGUGGAUGGGGUGCCGUGGGUCGUCCAUGUUUCAUCCACGGCUGCUGAUGGGAAGGAGCUUCACGGAUGCAGUGGCACCGUCAUCCACUGUGAUAAGGAAAAAACUUGGAUACUGACCUCAUAUAUAGUUUGUUUUCCGCAGACGUGAAGAAAGAUUGUACAACCCUAUGCCUAAGCUGGCAAUCCAUGUGGAGAAGGCUGUUCACUUGCCAAACAAGGGCAAAUAUGAAGGAAAAAUGCUGUUUUUCAGUGAACGCUAUCAAUUUGCUUUGAUAGAGGUGGAAUCAACUAUUGAAGUGAAGCCCCCUCAUGAUGGUUCUAGACCCCAGUACAAUGAGAAGGUAUCAAUAUUGGCUAGGGAUAAAAAUCUGUCUUCGACGCUUCGCGGCGGAACAAUCAAGUGGGAUGAGCAAGGCUUCUUUCUCUUCGUCAAGUGUAAAUUCUGUCCGUAUGGCCUAGGUGGGCCGGUGAUUAACCAUGCUGGUGAGCUAGUAGCAAUGUCAUGUGUUUACAACGAAGAUCUGCCUAUCAUUUCUAUCACUACAAUACGUGCAUGCAUCACAAUGUGGACCAAAUCUGGCUGUAUUGCUCGUCCUAUGCUUGGUAUGGCCUUUGGAACUGUGAAGCUUUUGGACAUUGUACGCCAAGAUAUUCUCGGUUACAAAUACAAAAUCUAUGACGGCUUCAUUGUAGAUGAGGUGGCAUAUAAGUGUAAUGCUGAGAAGCUUGGCAUUAGACAAGGAAAUGUGAUUAGGUUCUCCGAUGUGGACCCUUGCUACCUACCAGAGAUUGAAGUUAAUGAUCUCGUUGGAAAGGCUAAGAGAACCAUUAUUCUGCCCUUGGAGAUCACUUGUGGUUCUGAAUGUUGAACGCAGACGAAAUGUUCUGUGGCAAUUGGGAUUCAGACAAUUUCCAGUUUUUAGAGCUGGCCUACUCUGCUAUUCCAGAGAGUAUGUGAACCGGGUGACUGAAUUGUAUACCAUGCUAGUUGACCUCAUAAAAAAAGAGUCAGGUUUCA